GUGAGGAUAUCAGUCAUACAUGGAGGAUGACAGAAAAAUCCAAUGGUGUGAAGAGUUCCCCAGCCAAUAACCACAACUUCCAUGCACCUCCUGCCAUCAAGGCCAAUGGCAAAGAUGACAACAGGACAAACAGCAGGCCACAAUCUACAGCCGAUGAUGACACCUCCUCAGAACUGCAGAGGCUGGCGGAGAUGGAUGCCCCCCAGCGGGGGAGGGGUGGCUUCCGCAGGAUUGUCCGCUUGGUGGGGAUCAUCAGAGAGUGGGCCAACAAGAAUUUCCGUGAGGAAGAACCUCGACCUGACUCAUUCCUGGAACGUUUCCGUGGGCCUGAGCUCCAGACCGUGACAACACAGCAAGACGAUGGCAAACGCAACAAGGACGGCGAGGGCGAGGGCACCAAGAAGAAAUUUGAACUAUUUGUCUUGGACCCAGCUGGGGAGUGGUACUACCGCUGGCUAUUUGUCAUUGCUAUGCUUGUCCUCUACAAUUGGUGCCUGCUGGUGGCCAGAGCCUGCUUCAGUGACCUACAGAAAACCUAUUACCUAGUGUGGCUAGUGCUGGACUACUUCUCAGAUGUGGUAUACAUUGCAGACCUCUUCAUCCGACUGCGCACAGGCUUUCUGGAGCAGGGGCUGCUGGUCAAAGAUCCAAAGAAGUUGCGGGACAACUAUAUCCACACCCUACAGUUCAAGCUGGAUGUAGCUUCUAUCAUUCCCACGGAUCUGAUCUAUUUUGCUGUGGGCAUCCACAGCCCUGAGCUGCGUUUUAACCGCCUGCUACACUUUGCCCGCAUGUUUGAAUUCUUUGACCGCACUGAGACACGCACCAGCUACCCCAACAUCUUCCGAAUCAGCAACUUGGUCCUUUACAUCUUGGUCAUCAUCCACUGGAAUGCCUGCAUCUACUAUGCCAUCUCCAAGUCCAUUGGCUUUGGAGUUGACACUUGGGUUUAUCCCAAUAUCACUGACCCUGAGUAUGGUUACCUGGCUAGGGAAUACAUCUACUGCCUUUACUGGUCUACACUGACACUCACCACCAUUGGGGAGACACCACCUCCUGUAAAGGAUGAGGAGUACUUAUUUGUCAUUUUUGACUUCCUGAUUGGUGUCCUCAUCUUUGCCACCAUCGUGGGGAAUGUGGGCUCUAUGAUCUCCAACAUGAAUGCCACUCGGGCUGAAUUCCAGGCCAAGAUUGAUGCUGUCAAACAUUACAUGCAGUUCCGAAAGGUCAGUAAGGAGAUGGAAGCCAAGGUCAUUAAGUGGUUUGACUACCUGUGGACCAAUAAGAAGAGUGUGGAUGAGCGGGAAGUUCUCAAGAACUUGCCAGCAAAGCUGAGGGCUGAGAUAGCCAUCAAUGUCCAUCUAUCCACCCUCAAAAAAGUGCGCAUCUUCCAGGAUUGUGAGGCUGGCCUGCUGGUGGAGCUGGUAUUGAAGCUUCGUCCUCAGGUCUUCAGCCCUGGGGAUUAUAUUUGCCGCAAGGGUGAUAUUGGCAAGGAGAUGUACAUAAUCAAGGAGGGCAAGUUGGCAGUAGUGGCUGAUGAUGGUGUUACUCAAUAUGCCCUGCUCUCAGCCGGGAGUUGCUUUGGAGAGAUCAGUAUCCUUAACAUUAAGGGCAGCAAAAUGGGCAAUCGACGCACAGCCAAUAUCCGCAGCCUUGGUUACUCAGAUCUCUUUUGCUUAUCCAAGGAUGAUCUUAUGGAAGCUGUGACUGAGUACCCUGAUGCCAAGAUGGUCUUGGAGGAGAGGGGCCGGGAGAUCUUGAUAAAGGAGGGACUGCUAGAUGAGAAUGAGGUGGCAGCCAGCAUGGAGGUAGACGUGCAGGAGAAACUAGAGCAGCUGGAGACAAACAUGGAGACCUUGCACACUCGCUUUGGCCGCCUGCUGGCUGAGUACACGGGAGCCCAGCAGAAACUUAAGCAGCGCAUCACCAUUCUGGAAACCAAGAUGAAGCAGAACAAUGAAGAUGAUUACCAUGAUUACCUGUCAGAUGGGAUGAACAGCCCUGAGCCAGCUGCUGUUGAUAAGCCAUAAGGUCUUGGGCCCAACUGCCUUACCAGCCUUGUCCUUGACCCCAGGAACUAGAAGAGCUGUGUAGGUGUCCAUAUUUGUAUGCAUUACCCUCUUGAAUUCUCCCCAAAGCCUCUCUGUCCUAGGUUUUUGGCUCAAUCAUCUAGGAGCCCUCCUCCAGGUCCAGCUAAUAGCCAAGCUUAUGCACAAAGUAGACCAUGUUGGCUCAGUUUCCAGGAGCUUUAGACUGUCCAAGUCUGAGGAAGAAAGAGAGGAGCAUAUGAACUGUCUUCAAGGGGUCUGUCCUAGGGCUGGAAGCCUGGGCAAUGAUCUGUUUUGAAGAAGCAAAUCUGCAGGACAGUGUGUACCCUAAUGUGAAACUGCCCUCUCUCCCGGGUCCUUUGCACAUAGCCACUUCCCAUUUGGUUCUGGCCCUUGAUUUUCUAAUAUGUGUUGUGAA